AUGUCUAAUUCGAGGCUGAAGGCAUCAGUAAUCGAAGACGAUUCGUUCAACACCGUGGAGCAGGUUUGGGUAUCUAUUCAGCUCGGAGGCCGUAAACUAUUUGUUUGUGCGGUGUAUAUUCCUCCAGACCGAACUCGAGACUUGGAACUCAUCGACACGCACUGCCGAUCAGUCUUCUUUGCGUCGGAAAUAGCGUCUCCCAACGAUGAAAUCAUCGUUCUGGGCGACUUCAACCUUGCAGGAGUCGCGUUGCUGGAUAAUUACAGUACUGCAACUUUAUCUCAAGUUAAUUGCAUCGUGAAUGAGAAUAAUCGCUUACUGGAUCUGUGCUUCGUCGGCGGUCGUUACACCGCUCCAUUUAUUUCCACUGCACCUGUUCCUUUGGUGAGAGGCAGCCCUCACCAUCCAUCUCUAGUAAUUGGAGUUGAGAAUGACGACGUCCGCGACUAUGUUGGUACCUCAACGGCUGUGUCAUAUGUUUUUCGCAAGGCGAAUUAUUGUAGUAGUGCCGAAGUGCUGUCUAACUUGGAUUGGCAGAGUAUCCUCGACCCGGCCGAUGCAAAUAUCGCUGCACAAACUUUUUCUCAUGUCUUGGCAUAUGCCAGACAUGUUCCAAAGAAGAUUGCCCAUACCGACUCUAGGGUUCCGUGUUUGACAAAUGACCUUCGUUCGUUGAAAAUUACUAAAAAGGCCAUCCUGAAAAGGUUCACAAGGUUCCGCACUCUUCCCUUGAAACACCAUUAUGCUAGGCUGAACCACGAAUACAAACGGGUAAGUCGUUUCUAUUUUAAACGUUACCAGCGGAGGAUACAGCAACGGCUUAAAUCCCAUCCGAAAUCCUUUUGGAACUACGUAAACGAGCAGCGUAAGGAAGUAGGUCUUCCAUCGUCCAUGGUCUACAAUGGAGUCAUGGCAUCAACUCAACAAGAAAUUUGUAACCUAUUCUCGGCCAAGUUUGCUAGCGUGUUUGUCAGUGAGCGCCUCUCCAAUGACUCCAUAACCAGCGCAGCGGGUAAUGUACCCUUAACGAAUCAAACACGAAACGCUGUCGAUGUAAGUGCAGAUGCCAUAGCGAGAGCAGCCACGCGGCUAAAAACGUCGUACAAAUCGGGACCUGACGGUGUUCCGUCGGUUUUCCUAAAAGCGAACAUUUCCUGCCUUCUGGAUCCACUUCAUCGAAUCUUCCAGCUCUCCCUUUCUAAUGGUGUAUUUCCGUCCUGCUGGAAGACAGCUGAAAUGUUUCCUGUGUACAAAAACGGAAGCAAGCGCGAUAUAAACAAUUAUCGAGGAAUCACGUCGCUAUGCGCUGUAUCGAAGUUAUACAGCAUGCUUGCUUGUGAUCAAACAGAUGUAAUUUAUACGAAUCUAACUGCAGCAUUUGAUAAGUUGAACCACAGCAUUGCGAUCGCCAAGCUUGAUAGAUUGAGAAUUGGAGGCAGCCUGCUUGCAUGGUUUGGUUCGUACCAUACUGAGCGCCAGUUGACAGUUGCUCUAGGCGAUUGUCGCUCGGAAAGCUUUUUCGCGAUGUCUGGCAUACCGCAGGGUAGCCAUCUGGGACCGUUGAUAUUCCUUCUCUACUUCAACGACGUACAUCUAGUUCUAAAAGGACCGCGAUUAACAUUUGCAGAUGAUCUUAAAAUGUUUUUGCGCAUCUGCUCAAUAGCCGAUUGUCAUCUACUACAAGACUAG